AUGGGUUCAGUACAAGCCUUACCAGACACAUCAAAACUCGACGGCUUAGUCUGGUUCUUUGGGUACCCGAUCAAACACUCAUUCUCUCCUCUUCUUCACCAGACGGUAUACGACAAUAUCAAUCUCAAAUGGUCACAAAUCCCCUUUGAAUCCUUGGACACCCCUCAAUUCCUCGAGUUACUCAAAGAUCCAAAAUGCCACGGCUCGACAGUAACCAUGCCCCAUAAAGUCAGCAUAAUCCCUCACCUGGACGAACUCACAGAUGAAUGUCGAGAUGUGGGAGCAUGCAACACGAUAUUCUUCAAAGAAAAAGACGGCAAACGAUUGUUAGUUGGAACUAACACGGAUAUCAUUGGAGUUCGAGAGGCUUUCUUUCAGAACCUGCCGAAAGGCGCUACUCCUGAUAUUUAUCGAGGGAGACCAGGUCUCGUAAUUGGUGGUGGAGGAGCCUGUAGAUCUGCUGUUUACGCCCUGCAUCGAUUCGUCGGAUGUAGUCAGAUCUACAUUGUCAAUCGAGAUGUUGCGGAAGUUGAGGCUGUGAUUUUGAGUUGCAAAAAAACCGGGUUCGGAGAGUCUCUGGUUCAUGUGAAGACUGUCGCUGAGGCGGAAGCGCUUGCAUCUCCAGGUACCAUCGUCUCUUGUAUACCAAACUUUCCACCCAGAACGCCCGAAGAAAUCGAGGCGCGGGAGGUGAUCGUGAAAUUCUUGGAGAAGAAGGAGAAGGGGGCCAUUCUUGAGAUGUGUUAUCAUCCUACGCCUUAUACGGAGAUUGGAGAUAUAAGUGAGAAAUUGGGAUGGCAGGUAAUUUUGGGAACAGAAGCUAUGAUUUACCAAGGACUGGAACAGGACAGAUAUUGGACUGGGAGAAAGGUUGAAGACCUUCCUAGUAAGGAGGUUAAUGUUGCCAUUGCCGAAGCAUUAAAGGCACACGGGAGAGAGUGA